AUGCCGUGGGGCCAGGUCCUGCUGCUGCUGCUUGCGGGGCUUGCAGGCACUGCAGGGCAGGGGCAGGAGUGGGACCUGGGUGGGAGGGAUGCCUCGGUCAUUGCCGUGUUCAGUGGGGGACCCUGGGGAGACUGGGCCUGGCCGGAGAUGUGCCCCAAGGGCUCCUACGCCAGCAGCAUUAGCUUCAAGGUAGAGGCGUCCCAGGGGGUAAUGGAGGACGACACGGCGCUCAACGGGAUUAGGCUGCGCUGCUCCCGCAGCAGGGACCCCAGUGGUGGCAACACAGCCGAGUGGGGCCACUGGUCAGAGGUGGCCCACUUGGUGGGCUUCACGCUGCGGGUUGAGGCGCCCCAGUGUGGGCUCCUGAGCAAUGAAGUGGCCACCACAAGCGCCCGCUUCGCCUGCUCCGAUGGGCACGUCCUGGAGGGGCCGGGGUCCACCUGGGGCCAGUGGGGUGGCUGGAGCGCCCAGUGCCCCAGGGCAGCGUGUGGCAUCAAGACACGGCAGGAUCCUGCACAGGGGCUGAAGAGGGAUGACACGGCCCUGAAUGAUCUGAAUGAACUCUUCUGCUGCCCAUAA